AUGGUGAAAUCUACGUCGCUGCUAAUCAGUGAACAGUGCGAUUUUAUAAAUGGCGGUAAGAGAAGCGGUAAACGAAGAGUUUUUAACAUUUUGUCCGACCAAAUUGCAAAUUUGGAUGGAAAAGGAGUAGAAGAACCUGAAAGCUUCCAAGAUGAAGAUGUAGAAGCGAAACAAGAAGAGGAUGGAUGGCCAGUCCCGAAGAAUGUGGAGUAUACGAACGGAGUGAGCCCAAGCGACUAA